AUGUCAUCGCUAAUUGAAACGAUAUCGUUAGGAAAGGAAAAGUUCGUUGUAUCCAGACAGGGAUUUGGUUGCAUGGGGUUUGAUGCAUUCUUCUUCACUGCUCAAAAGACAUCGGAAGCAGAUGCCAUCAAAGUUGUCCGUAAAGCUUUCAGUCUCGGAAUCACACAUUUCGACACAGCGCAGUUUUACGGAAAUAAGGGCGAAAAUGAAACCAUGCUUUGCAAAGCUUUUGCUGAAGUUCCUCGAAGUAAUGUGCAAAUAGUAACCAAAGGUGGUCUUGGGAAAGCCUUCAAACCAGACGGAAACCCUAAGAGAGUGAGGGAUUCCAUUGAGCAAAGUUUGAAGCGCCUGGACACUGAUUACCUUGAUCUGUUUAAUCUAGCCAGAAUUGAUACCUCAGUUCCUAUUGAAGAAACAGUUGGCGAGCUGAAAUUGAUGGUCCAAGAAGGUAAGAUUCGUCACAUUGGACUGAGCGAGGCGUCUGCAAAGACAAUUGAGCGAGCAAAUAGUGUCCAUCCCAUUGCCGCAGUACAGCUUGAGUGGUCUCUUUUUGCGAGGGAAUUUGAGAAGGAAGUAAUUCCAACUUGUCGAAAACUAGGAGUUGGCAUCGUUGCUUACUCUCCGCUGGGAAAAGGAAUAUUGGCAGGUGCAUUUAAAAAAUGGGCUGAAAUUCCGAAGCAAGACAUUCGUAGUUUUAUGGUUCCAAGGCUGGGCGAGAAACAUUUUGAUGAAAAUAUAGCAAAAGUCGACCAGCUAGUGCCGAUUGCUAAAGAAAAAGGUUGCUCAAUGGGUCAACUGGCGUUAGCUUGGGUGCAUCACCAAGGCCUGGAUGUGUGCCCUAUUCCUGGAACCACAUCUGAAAAACAUUUGUUAGAAAACAUUGCUGCGCUUGCAGUCGAAUUAACUCCAGCAGAAGUGGAAAAACUGAGCUCCUUGUUCCCUGUGGCUAGGUGGUCAGCACUCAUCGGGGGACUAAUCUAUGGCUACCAUCACAACAAAAUUCUCUUUGCGCGUGAGUCAUACUGGAGAGAGCAUGGACAUCUGGGUGAAUUCCCUCUGCUGGGCAAAGUGGAUGUGGAACUAGAGAAGAGAUCAAAACACACGAUGAUGAGGGGCAGCAAAGACGCACAUCACUAG